CACGGUCGGGUCGCCCCAAGCCUCUUCCUGCUCGACGCGGUCGACGAAGUACUCAUUCGUUCUGGAAUUGGGCCCUUCCGUACGAUACCAUCGCUGUCGAGAAGCUCAAUCCGUUCUUACGGCACGACCUCGUUCUCUGUAAUUUAUCCCCUUAUGUUGGAUUACACCUCAGCGGUGUAAUGGAGACCAUACUGCGACCUUGCAGCUUUAGCUAACAUGGUGAUUUUUCGAAGUGAAUCAUUGAGUUCUACACGCUAGGUUUGAUGGCUCGUGUUCGUGUCCGCGUAUAAUUCAUCUUCAGUGCAUCCAUUUCCAUUCGAUUGAAUCGGAAUGAGCGCAAUUCCAUCUUAAGGAUUUUCACUCUCGCACCUCCACGCCUACCUCCAUUCGCUCUCAUAGAAACGUAAUUUCUUAAUUACAGGCGGUGGGGUGUGAGAACAACCCCACCGCCUCCACCGGUAGCGUAUUUGAUGGCGGAUGUACAGCGCAAGAGGACUCUUCGGGCGCUCCCUUCGGCGCUAAGAACUCUUCUCCUCUUGCGAGAAUAGUGACUCAACCUUUCGAUCUACACUGCAUGGGAUCAAACACCUCUUGUAUUCCUCAAGUCUUCUGGUUGAUUCUCUAGAAACGAUGGCGGAUGUACAGCACAAGGGGACUCUUCGGGCGCUCCCUUCGGCGCUAAGAUCUCUUCUCUUCUUGCGAGAAUAGUGACUCAACCUUUCGAUCUACACUGCAUGGGAUCAAACACCUCUUGUAUUCCCCAAGUCUUCUGGUUGAUUCUCUAGAAACGACAUGAAAACUCAAACCUAGAUAGAUAAAUACGGUACUUAACAUUACGCUAUUAGGCCUAUAAUAAAGCGUGAGAGUUUUUGUUUUUGGAUUAUCGGAAGAAAAAGUAGUUAUGUGUUGAUAGAUCUUAGUUUGCCCAUUUUCUAUUCUCAAUCCCACACUUUACUAUGAGAUUUGUCAUGGAAGCUAUAGGAAUAUCUUCAAGGUUGCAUCUAUUGAUGUUUUUGGAUGCUUCAGGAGGUGCAGACUGGAACUCUAGUCGUAAAUCUGGUGUUCGGGAUUAAGUUUCUUUGUAACAGAGAGAUUUUACCAGGAGUAGCAUUUAAUGUGGUCGACAUUGGAUGGAACUCCGCCUCAUGAGCUGAGUCUCUUGCCGGAAGCAAGUUCCGCACUCGCUCGAUGAGCUACUGGUGACUUGCUAAAGUAUUAUCGCAACCGGUGGGCAUUGGGGACUAUUACGUACAAAAGCUCAGGAUGAUAUCGAUCUAACAUAUGAAGGAUGUGGAUGCUUCUCACGGGACCUGUUGAUAUUUGAUCUCUCUCUUGGGAGGUCUCCUCUGCUGCAGGAGGGGACAAAUAGGCACGAGGUUGCUCUGUUGGUCUGGCAUCGUGUUUCACCCUCGGCGCAAGUGCUGUGCCGCAUCACAACAGUCAAUCGCUGGAUGGAAUAUAGUGGAGCUUUUCUGAAAGAUGAUGCCAAAAAGUUACUGAGGUGGUGGAAAGGUUCGAGUUGUAACGUUCAGAUGAUCGGUGCCCAGGACAUUCCGUCUGUUGUUUCCAGGCUUUACCACGAGGUUGCGGAAGGUACAAACUCGAACCUUUUCAUCGACUUCAACCAGAAAGUGGAAAAUCAGAUCAUCCGCUGGACAUGUCAAGGAAUUUGUUCUUCGCAUGUGCAGAUAGGCUCCUUCGUCGUCGCGCGAGAGUUUCAGAAAGUCAAAUAUACUCUCUUUGACUUGAAGAUAGAAAUUCGUUCCGCUGAAGGAAUGUGCACAAUCCCCAGAGGCAUCGAAUCCCCAGAAGCAUCGAUGUUGAAAGAGCCAAUUAUAUGACGUGAGACUCUGAAGACACGAGAUGGCGAACCAUGAACUAAAAUGCUAGACAUGGAAACUGCAGUCCAGCUGAAAAGUCGUCAGGUUCGUGCAGUAAUCAUUAAGAGUAAUCUAUCCAGGGAGGUGCAAUUGCUCCGACUACAUCCUAUUGUAGAAUGAUGGGGAUGAUAAUUUGCAGAGUCCAGCUUGCUUGUGGUACGGAGAACGGAGCUGCUUUCUCUGCCUGGGAAUCGCGACUGACAUAUUCCCAAGGCUGGUUGGCGUGAAUGAUGUGUGGGCACCUUUCAGAAAGUUGAAGGAGGUUCUUUCCCGACCUUUAUAUCAUUGUUCACCGUUACUCUUCCACAUUACUCGGAUUAGAAUGGAGCCGCUCUAUGAAUUUUGGAAGUGUUGCAAUCGGCCAUGCUUUUCCCCCGAACGGUGUUAUGGGUGGGGUUACGGCAGGAAGUGUGCUACCGAUUCUGUCAUGGGCAUUCGAGUGGCGACGACUGAUUGAUCGAUUCUUCGCAUCUUUUGAAGAAGAGAUCCAAGACGUUUCUCCUCUAGAGCGACGGAGAGGAGCAAUAAGGUGGGCAUCGUCAAGGAUUUGAAGCGCAUUCGGCGGCAAUGGACUUCAGCGCCUCGGCACUCGAUAUCGAGGAGCUCGUAGCGGCGUUUGCCGAGAUGGAAGGGACGGAAUUGGACCAGAUGAAAGAGCUGUGGAGAAGUCGGAACUUCUCGUUCAUCCAUGAAGCGCGGCCCAAGGACAUAAUUCCCUCGUUCUACGCACAGGCGCUGUUCUCGUCCGCCUUGAGCCAUGUGGUGGCGGAGGACGCAUCCCUAUCGUGGAAGCUCGGAGGCCUGUACGUGCUGUACAUUCUGCACGAGACGCAAGCCUUGGAAGAGCGGUACAAGAUCUAUCUGGCGCUGGAGGAACUGGAGGCGCUGAUCAGCCUGGUGAGGCUGAUCAAGCAGCGGCGCCUCGCCGUGGCCUUCAAGGUGGUGCAGAGGAUGUUCGACGAGCAGAUGUUCUUGUUCGGGUCCGUGUCCGCCAACCAGAAGCGCAUCGCCUCGUGCAUGGACAAGGUCGCGCAUCAGGCCGCGCUGAGCGUGCAGCAGGCGCGCUCGCGGCUGCUGGCCAACGUGCCAGCGCGCGAGCACGUGGAAGGCCAAUUGGUGCAGGACUUGGAAUUGGACGCGCUGGCGCCACUGACCAGCGACUACGCUGCCGCGCGGAACCGCGCUCUGCGCCUCGCGGGAGACUCGAAUCGACCGGCGGGCGAGGACGAUGCGAACGAGGUCCGCGACGCGCUGCGAGAAGCGCAGGCCUGGGAUGUGCAGAAGUCGGGCAUUCUGACCUCGGCCGCCGAGUCCAGCUCCAAGCGCCCUCUGCCCACGGCCUUCCGCCGGCCCCCCGCUCCCAAGCAGGCCCGCCGGGGCCGCAAAACCAUCGAGGAGUACGAGCGGGAGCUGCGCCAGCAUCGGGAAGCCCACCGCACCGAGGGCCCUGACGCAGAGUACGAGAAAGAGCUCGAGGAGGAACUCGACCGCGCUCUUGGUCUGGACUGACUGACGCUCAGGAUUGCAGACCAGCUCUCAGCUUCUGCAAUCUCUGCCGGGCGCGUCGAGCAUACACAUUUUCGAUUCUUCUGACGUUUGCCUCCGACGUCCUGAAGUUCUAAUUGGUGACCACGACAUUCUCGUCCUGGUCAUGGCUUCGUAGCGAACGCGACAUUUUGCAUUCAGUAUUGGUACCUGCCUCCCGUGGUACCAAUACUGAGGUUUUACCACGGGAGGCAGGAAAACUGAAUGCAAAAUGGAAGGCCUCCCUCGUGUUGGUGGUAUUCUGUAAAACAGUACUCCCGAGUUGAUUUUGAUGCGAAGCGCGUGUGGUGUUUGACCUUGCUACAGACCGAAGCACGUUCGUUGUGAGCUUGAUUGCACGAAAGUCAUGACCUUAAAGGUGAAACUUGCACUACGAAAUAGGAAGAUUUUCGUAGUGCAAGUGUGCGCGUCACAUGAAAGCAAUGCCUCGGGAUGUGCUUGUACGCCGCCGACCUACUUUGCAUGGAUUGUGAACAGAAAUUGUGGACGAUGUUGAGUUGUGGAAGACGGAGAUUGUGCAGUACGUCGGAGACGUUAUAGCCUGAACUACGGAGAAACGAAAUGAAUUUCAUGGUAGCUCGACAGAAACGGCAAUGGGGGAAGGAAUGAUAAUCGCUGUCUUCUGCCGGGCUGAAGUUCUGAAUGAUGGGAUCACGAGGUCAGUAGCAACGAAGGUGAUAGCAGAUGUCUUGUGACCUUAAACUGACACCAUUAUUGUCAGCUCCAUGCAAUGACGUGCAGGAGAGCCCUCACCAAAUAUUCCGAAUGUAAAUUUCGAGUUUUUUCUAUGUGAUGUCUUUUGAACGCAUGGGACGACGAGGAACUCCAUUGUUUCAUUGAAAGUCGUACUCUCUUCUGAAUUGAGACUGACACGCUGCGACACAAGAUGAAAACGUCAUAUUUUCAUCGCUCAUGACCAGAAACAUGCAGAAACAAGUGAAGACCUAUUUGUACAACGGUUAGUCUUUCACCACACUGCUGCUUCAAAUUGUUCCCUUCACUUCAGGCUGUGUUUGAAUAACAGAGCGCUUGUCGUCUGUCCGAAACGUAAGAAACCAAGCUUUAUAUGUCGGGUAUCUCAUGUCGGGGUAUUACAGCUAACGUUGGUAAGCUCUGUUAAUGUUACUCCAACAAAGACGACAUUUUGGUCACUACUGAACACAGUUUAGUUUAGUUGUUAAGUUUGUAGAGAAGCAGAAAUCUUACCAAGAUUAGCGAGGCUUUCUUCUGGAUAACAUUCUGGCCAUUAAGGCUUCAGGAUCUUGUGACAAAACUUUUCUUUUAUUAUCGUUAUCGAAAAUUAUCGUUACAUCCGGUUCCCCACAGAGAUAAUUUUGUUUGGUAUAUAUCUCUAGUAUCGCACCAGAUUAUACAGUAAAAACAACUUCCCAAGCAAAAUUGCAAUAGUU